AUGUCUUCUGCAUCUGUUACAACUAUAACUCAAAUAACAGUUGAAGAUAUUCGUUUUCCAACCUCUAAAGAACUCCAUGGCAGUGAUGCUAUGUCGCCUAAUCCAGAUUUUUCAUCAGCUUAUGUAAUUCUUCAUACUGAUAAUCCAUUACUUGAAGGUCAUGGCCAUUCAUUUACACUUGGUCGUGGUACAGAAAUAAUUUGUACUGCUAUAAAAGCUCAUGCAUAUUUACUUAUUGGUCAUACACUCGAAGAAUUUAUUUCAAAUCCUGGUGCUUUUUGGCGUCAUUUAACAAGUGAUUCUCAACUUCGUUGGAUUGGACCAGAAAAAGGUGCAAUACAUUUAGCUUUAGCUGCUAUUGUUAAUGCUCUUUGGGAUUUAUAUGCUAAACGUGAAGGAAAACCUUUAUGGAGACUUAUUUCAGAUUUUACACCUGAACAAUUUCUAAAAUGUAUUGAUUUUCGUUACAUAUCAGAUGUUAUAAAACCUGAUGAAGCAUUAAAUAUGUUAAAAGAACUUGAAUCAACAAAAUCUAAACGUAUACGACAACUUGAAGAACAAGGUUAUCCAGCUUAUAUAAUGUCAGCUGGUUGGCUUGGUUAUUCUGAUGAAAAAGUUCGACUUGGUCGAGAUUUACAAGAUGAUAUUCGACGACUUAAAAUAGUUCGUGAAGAAAUUGGAUAUGAUCGACGUCUUAUGAUUGAUGCUAAUCAAGUAUGGGAUGUUGAUCAAGCUAUUCAAUGGGUAAAACAAUUAGCAGAAUUUCGUCCAUAUUGGAUUGAAGAACCAACAUCACCAGACGAUAUUCUUGGUCAUGCUCGUAUUUCUCAAGCACUUCGACCAUAUAAUAUUGGAGUUGCUACAGGUGAACAUGGAAUGAAUCGAAUAUUAUUUAAACAAAUGUUACAAACAAAUGCUUUACAAUUUUGUCAAAUAGAUGCUUGUCGUUUAGGUGGAGUUAAUGAAAUUUUAGCUGUACUUUUAUUAGCAGCAAAAUUUCAUGUACCUAUUUGUCCACAUGGUGGUGGUGCUGGUUUAAGUGAACUUGUACAACAUUUAUCUAUGAUUGAUUUUAUUGUUGUUAGUGGAACAUGGGAAAAUGGUAUUACAGAAUAUUCUGAUCAUUUACAUGAACAUUUUGAAGAUCCUUGUAUUAUUAAAAAUGGACGAUAUGUUGCACCAAACAAACCAGGUUAUAGUACUCAAAUAAAAGAAAAUAGUCGACAACAAUAUUCCUUUCCCAAUGGACCUAUGUGGAAAAUACAUUCAUAA